UGAACUGGACGGACCAGAAUUUCAUUGCCAGGUGGAAAGCGGAAGUUGUUUAGAUUGAAAGCCCCAGUAUCCAGUAGGAGUUAGUCAGCGCAGUGCAGAGGGAGUAUCUCAGAGGGAGAACUUCUGGUUUGCUCUUGGCUGACUCAGCGGGAAGUGGUGUGAAGCGAUAUGGUGUAUAUGGACAAAACUCACGCUGAUAAGGAGAGGUUUAUUUGCAUAUAUCCAGCAUACAUAAAUAGUAAAAAGACUAUAGCAGAAGGAAGGCGGAUACCAAUCGAAAAGGCUGUUGAAAACCCAACUUUUGGAGAAAUUCGAGAUGUUUGUGCAGCAGCUGGACUGGUUGUGGCUGUAGAGAAUAAACUGUACCCACGCGAGUGGAACAGAGAUGUACAAUUCAGAGGUAGAAUAAGAGUUCAACUGAAAAAUGCAGAUGGGUCCUUCUGUUUAGAACAGUUUCCCACACGAAAGUCAAUAAUGUUAUAUGUGGCAGAAAUGAUUCCAAAACUGAAGACGAGGACGCAGAAGGCUGGAGGAGGAGAUCAGAACGCACAACCAGGGGAAGGUGGCAAGAAGAACAAGAAGAAGAAGAAGAAGUAAUUCUGUUGAUGUCGCUGGCUUUACGUAUUUAUUUUGAAAACAUUCUUGCAUCUUAAAUUGAGCAUUCUGUUUCAUUUGACCUGAACUGUCACACAAAGCUACCACCAUAUUUUUCUUUAAAUUCUAAUAUUCUAAUCAGCAGGAAGGAAUAAACUCAAAACAUUACGGUUGUUUUAAGAUGGGAAUAUUUCUCAAAUGUUUUCAAAAAAUGUGCCCUGUUAUCAAUCUUUCAUUGUCUGAUUUUUUUUUUUUUAAGUUGACGUCCAUCAGUAAAACAAACCUAUCCAUUGAUCCUGUGACAGCUGUGAGUUAUGUAAGGUGCAAAUCAAGUCCCCUUGUAUGACUUUAAAAUACAAAGCCAUUUUUUGAAUAUUUGAGUGUUAUUCAUGUUUUCUGGCUCACUAGAAUGGAACUUUAACUAUUAAAGCAGGAACAGAAUACUUGGUAUGUAUCUCUGACAAUGCUCCUUUUAGGAAUGAAAGUUGAAAAACAGCAAGGUGACAUUUUAAAACUAGAUUUUGUCAACACAUGAGGCUACACAAUUUGGCUGACCUGGAUGCAUGAAGUCUGUAUCAUGAAUCUUACUAUAUCUCCACACAAGUUAAUAGUUAUAAAGCAUGCCAAAGCUGUCUGACAAGCUUUUUUUGCUUUAACAGAAAUUAAUGCAUUUGUCAAGCUGAUUGUAAUAAAAUAAAUUGUUCUGUU